AUGCCCCCAAAAGACCUGGGUCAUACCUCCACGGUUCUCCUCCACUGUUCAACCUCCACUGUUCAACCUCCACGGUUCUCCUCCACUGUUCUCCUCCACUGUUCUCCUCCACUGUUCAACCUCCACUGUUCUCCUCCACUGUUCAACCUCCACUGUUCUCCUCCACUGUUCAACCUCCACGGUUCUCCUCCACUGUUCAACCUCCACGGUUCUCCUCCACUGUUCAACCUCCACGGUUCUCCUCCACUGUUCAACCUCCACGGUUCUCCUCCACUGUUCAACCUCCACGGUUCUCCUCCACUGUUCAACCUCCACGGUUCUCCUCCACUGUUCAACCUCCACGGUUCUCCUCCACUGUUCAACCUCCACUGUUCUCCUCCACUGUUCAACCUCCACGGUUCUCCUCCACUGUUCAACCUCCACUGUUCUCCUCCACUGUUCAACCUCCACUGUUCUCCUCCACUGUUCAACCUCCACUGUUCUCCUCCACUGUUCAACCUCCACUGUUCUCCUCCACUGUUCAACCUCCACGGUUCUCCUCCACUGUUCAACCUCCACGGUUCUCCUCCACUGUUCUCCUCCACUGUUCAACCUCCACUGUUCAACCUCCACUGUUCUCCUCCACUGUUCAACCUCCACUGUUCUCCUCCACUGUUCAACCUCCACUGUUCUCCUCCACUGUUCAACCUCCACGGUUCUCCUCCACUGUUCAACCUCCACGGUUCUCCUCCACUGUUCAACCUCCACGGUUCUCCUCCACUGUUCAACCUCCACGGUUCUCCUCCACUGUUCAACCUCCACUGUUCUCCUCCACUGUUCAACCUCCACGGUUCUCCUCCACUGUUCAACCUCCACUGUUCUCCUCCACUGUUCAACCUCCACUGUUCUCCUCCACUGUUCAACCUCCACUGUUCUCCUCCACUGUUCAACCUCCACUGUUCUCCUCCACUGUUCAACCUCCACUGUUCUCCUCCACUGUUCAACCUCCACGGUUCUCCUCCACGGUUCUCCUCUCUGUGGACCCAGGGAAUGAUUCACACUACUUCCUAUCCCUCACCGUCCAUCAUCGGGUUAUCGUUCACCCACCAGCUAAUCCCUCUGGAGAAAUAUGAACCAAUCCUCCGCCGCUUCCUGCCUUGUUCAGUGCAGACAGCAGUCUAA